AUGACUAUAUCGUUGAGCAAUAUAAAGAAAAGGGAUCACGCCGAGGUUUCCGAUGGACUUUCAGCUGAAACAUCGCCCGUGAAGAGGAAACAGUUGGAAUGCGCCACUGGAGAACAAGAUGAAGACUACACAGACCACGAGGUUGUCAUAGAGCCACUUCAUUUUGCUAACAAUAAUGCUGCGGUGCUCACGGACUCAGAAAAUUACUUGAGAUGGCAAAACACUAUUUCCAAUGUGGUUCAAUCAGUAGUCUCCAUUCAUUUUUCACAAGUUGCACCAUUCGACUGCGAUUCUGCUUUGGUGUCUGAAGCUACGGGAUUCGUGGUGGAUGCCGAAUUAGGUAUCAUCUUGACAAACAGACACGUUGUCGGACCGGGCCCUUUUGUAGGUUACGUGGUUUUUGAUAACCAUGAAGAGUGUGAUGUUAUACCGAUUUAUAGAGAUCCUGUUCAUGAUUUCGGGUUCCUGAAAUUUGACCCGAAAAAGAUAAAGUACUCUAAAAUUAAAGCUUUGACCUUGAAACCAAGUUUGGCUAAAGUCGGUUCCGAAAUUAGAGUUGUUGGUAACGAUGCCGGUGAAAAGUUAAGUAUUCUAGCAGGUUUUAUUAGUAGAAUUGACAGAAAUGCGCCAGAAUAUGGUGAGCUUACAUAUAACGAUUUCAACACUGAAUACAUUCAAGCUGCUGCAUCCGCCUCCGGUGGUUCAAGUGGGUCUCCAGUGGUAAAUAUAGAUGGGUAUGCAGUAGCCUUGCAGGCUGGUGGUUCAACAGAAGCAUCCACUGAUUUUUUUCUACCACUAGAUAGAAUUUUGAGAGCAUUGGUUUGCGUUCAAAACAAUCAACCUAUCACUCGUGGUACAAUCCAAGUUCAAUGGUUAUUGAGGCCAUACGACGAGUGUAGAAGAUUAGGUUUAACUUCAGAGAGAGAGAGUGAAGCCCGCGCCAAAUUUCCCGAAAAUAUCGGUCUCUUGGUGGCAGAAACUGUCUUGAGAGAAGGCCCAGGUGACGGUAAAAUUAGAGAAGGUGACACUUUAAUUUCAAUAAACGACGAAACUAUUUCUUCAUUCAUGCAAGUAGAUAAAAUUCAAGACGAAAAUGUGGGAAAUGAAGUCAAUUUGGUUAUCCAAAGAGGUGGUGUCGAACAUAACGUCGUUUGCAAGAUUGGUGAUCUGCAUUCUAUCAGUCCUCAUCGUUAUGUAGAGGUUUGUGGAGCUACUUUUCACGAACUGUCAUACCAAAUGGCAAGAUUUUAUGCAUUGCCUAUUCGAGGUGUAUUUUUAAGUAGCGCAUCAGGAUCGUUCAAUUUUGAUUCAAAGGAAAGAGUAGGUUGGAUCGUGGAUUCUAUAAACAACAAAGAAACACCUGAUUUGGAUACAUUUAUUGAAAUAAUGAAAACCAUUCCAGAUCGUAAGCGUGUUACUGUACGAUACCAUCAUCUCACAGAUCAACAUUCUCCCCUCGUUACAUCUAUUUACAUUGACCGCCAUUGGUGCAAUGAAUUUAGAGUAUACACAAGAAAUGACACUACCGGUAUUUGGGAUUUCACCAAUGUUGCAGAUCCACUUCCAGCUGAACCAUUGAAACCACGCUCAGCCAAAAUUAUUCCUAUUCCAAUCAAAAAUGAUGAAAUAGCUAAACUAUCAUCUUCAUUAUGUACGGUGGCCACAAUGGCUGCAGUUCCAUUGGAUUCGCUUUCUGCAAAUAUCUGGAAGACAUCUGGUUUGAUUGUCGAUGCCGAAAAAGGAUAUGUGCUUGUCUCCAGAAGAGUGGUUCCGCAUGACUGUCUCGAUACCUUCGUUACCAUUGCAGACUCUCUUGUGGUUCCAGCUACAGUUGAAUUUCUUCACCCAACUCAUAAUUUCGCCGUAGUCAAAUAUGAUCCAAAAUUGGUAGAGGCCCAAGUAAUCACUCCUAAAUUAUCCGCCACAAGAAUGAAACGUGGUGAUAAACUUCAAUUCAUAGGUUUUACUCAAAAUGAGAGAAUUGUCACGUCAGAAACAACUGUCACUGACAUUUCCUCUGUAAGUAUCCCAAGUAAUCUAAUUCCAAGAUAUCGUGCUACUAAUUUAGAAGCCAUUUCCAUUGACUGUAACGUCAGUACCAGAUGCAAUUCUGGUAUUUUGACAGAUAAUGACGGUACCGUAAGAGGCUUGUGGCUCCCAUUUUUAGGUGAACGAUUGGAAAAUAAAGAGAAAGUAUAUUUGAUGGGUUUAGACAUAAUGGAUUGUAAGGAGGUCAUAGAUAUCCUGAAAAAUGGUGGUAAACCGAGAAUGAGUAUAGUUGAUGCUGGGUUUGGUUCACUUUCUGUUUUACAAGCUAGAAUUAGAGGAGUUCCAGAAGAGUGGAUCACGCGUAUGGAACAAGAAUCAAAUAAUAGACUACAAUUCAUCACUGUUUCUAGAGUGUCUUAUACGGAAGACGAAGUUCACUUAGAAACAGGUGAUGUCAUUUUAUCCGUUGAUGAUAAGUUAGUCAUUGAAAUGAAUGAUUUGAAUGGGGUUAUAAGCUCGGCAGAUGGUAUUUUACCCCCAACCAUACUGAAUUUCAAAGUGGUUCGUGACGGUAAUAUUGUAGAUUUGAAGAUCAAAACCGUUGAGGUCAAAGAAACUGAUCAUUUUGUAAUAUUUGCCGGUAGUAUCUUACAAAAACCACACCAUGCUGUUUUACAAGCAAUGGCUGAUGUCCCAAAGGGUGUCUACUGUACAUUUAGGGGAGAAUCAUCACCAGCAAUUCAAUAUGGUAUCUCCGCAACGAACUUUAUUACACAUGUCAAUGAAAUUGAGACCCCCAACCUAGAUAAAUUUCUGGAGGUUGUCAAAACAAUUCCAGACAAUAGUUAUUGUAAGAUGAGAUUGAUGACAUUUGACAAUGUACCAUUUGCUAUUUCACUGAAAACGAAUUACCAUUACUUCCCAACCGCAGAAUUGAAAAGAGACAACGUGACACGUAGGUGGAUUGAAAAGGAAUUUACCGGAAAUAGCCAAAGCGAAAAAUAG